ACAGAAGCAACAGAGGGGAGGAGAGAGAGUGCGCUUGAGGUCCCAAGAAAGAAAGAAAAAAAGAAAACCCCAUCACAAGUUCUUUCUUCUAUCAAUCUUCUUCGCUCAGUCUCACCAUUAAUGGAUUUCUUCUCAUCCUCCAUAUAUUUCCCGAUUCACAAGUAACAUACCCACAAGCUAUUCUGAGAUUUUGCUCUGCGGUUCUCUGCUCAUAUGCUUCAUGUGUCAGUGUUCUUCUUCAGUAUCUCAAUAUCCAUUCGAAUCCGGAGCUUGCUCUCCUUUUCUAUGCCCAAAUCCGCUUAAUUUCUGAGCCCAGAUCCUAGAUUUGUAAGCCAGACCAAACUCAUUUUUAAAAUUACUUUGUGGGUGUGGAGAAAGAUGCUGCCUUGAAAAGCUGGAGUCUCUUGUGGGGUUUGGUUUGUUGUGUGCGAAUCUCUCUGGUUUAGUUUUGUUAGAUGAAGGCCAUGCCCUUGCCUUUUGAGGAGUUUCAAGGGAAGGGGGUGUUCGAGUUUUCUCCUUUUGCUUCUUCAGAUUCGUUUCCUCCCGUUUUGCAUCAUCAUCAUCAACCACCACCGGAAAAGUGGACCGGAGGCGAGAAAAUUUGCUAUGUGGGCACUGAGCCCACUUCUGUUCUUGACGCCAGAAGAAGCCCAAGCCCUCCGACUUCCUCCUCAACAAUGGCCUCUCGUGGAAGCAAUAGCGCCGCCAGCAAGGGUGGCGGUGACGGCAGCUGCUCAACCAAUAGCACCACCACCGGAGCAGCGGCAACAGCCUCGGAAAACCCAUCUCAGGCGGUCUUAGACACGUCCAGCGCAGAGAAAUGUGCUCUGCCAGUGGAGGAUUGGGAGGGCGUGUUGUCUGAAUCCCCAGGUCAAGACCAGUCUAUUCUCAGACUAAUUAUGGGCGAUAUUGAAGAUCCAUCUUCAGGACUGAACAAUAUCUUGCAGAGCAGUGGAGUUGGGUCUCAAAUGGUGGAUUUCAAUGGAGGUUUUGGGGUUGUAGAUCAAGGGUUUGAACUUGAACCUGUUACUUGUGGGAGCAUGAUGAGUCAUAACACUACCGAACCCAUUUUCUCUGCCUCAGGAACCAAUCCUCUAAUGAUGUCAUCUUCUCCAAUGGGGUUCAAUUCUCAGCCGCAAGUAAUUUCCACAGUUGAAGACAAGCUAAACCGAAAUCAAGUUCAAUUCUCAGAGAAUCCAUCUUUCUUUAUGCCAUUGACAUACCCACAGUUGCAGGAUCAGCAAGUUUUUUCUCAGCCUCAAGCGAAACGCCUUCUUUGUGACACAAUUGGGCAAGGCUAUCAGGUUCCAAAGGGCCCUCUAUUGGAUUCUGGUCAAGAGCUCUUUGCUAGGAGGCAACAAUUGCAGCUUCCUGCAAACCCUCAACAUGUUCAUCAAUGGCAAUCCUUACUUGAGCCACCAGUGAAACAACAGAAGGUGAGCUCUGCAGGGGAUGACUUCACAACUCAACAGCUCCAGCAGACUAUAAUUGAUCUGAUUUUCAAGGCUGCAGAGCAUAUCGAAGCCGGUAACCCGGUAAAUGCGCAAGGGAUAUUGGCGCGGCUCAAUCACCAGCUCUCCCCUAUUGGUAAGCCAUUUCAGAGGGCUGCUUUCUAUAUGAAGGAAGCCUUGGAGUUAUUGCUGCAUUCAAAUGGGCAAAGUUUAUUGGCUUUCUCACCCAUUGGUUUCAUAUUCAAAAUUGGGGCUUACAAGUCAUUCUCUGAGAUAUCUCCAGUUCUUCAAUUUGCCAAUUUUACUUGUAAUCAAGCCCUCAUUGAGGCUGUGGAGAGGUUUGAUAGGAUUCACAUUAUUGAUUUUGAUAUUGGAUUUGGAGUGCAAUGGGCUUCUUUUAUGCAAGAGCUGGCCUUGAGAAAUGGUGGUGCACCUUCACUGAAAGUUACUGCUAUUGUAUCUCCAUCCACCUGUGAUGAAAUUGAGCUCAGUUUUACACGAGAAAGCUUGAAACAGUAUGCCAAAGAAAUCAACAUAUCCUUUGAGCUCAAUGUUAUGAACAUUGAAUCAUUAAACUCUGCUUCCUGGUCCCUUCCUGGUCGAUUUUCUGAUACGGAAGCAAUUGCUGUGAAUUUGCCGGUUUCUUGUUUCUCAAAUUACCCUUCAUCCCUUCCUCUGGCCCUUUGCUUUGUAAAGCAGCUCAUGCCUAAAAUUGUGGUCACCUUGGACAGGAAUUGCGAUCGAAUUGAUGUCCCAUUUCCUCACAACUUAAUACAUGCUCUUCAGUCUUACUCAGCCUUGCUUGAAUCCCUGGAUGCUGUCAAUGUGAACCUUGAUGUUCUGCAAAAAAUUGAGAGGCACUUUGUCCAACCGGCCAUUCAGAAGAUCAUAUUGGGUCGUCGCCACGGUAGAGAAAAGCUACCUCCAUGGAAGAACAUGCUUCUUUCAUCUGGGUUCUCUCCAUUCUCAUUCAGUAACUCCACAGAAGCUCAAGCAGAAUGCUUGGUGCAGAGGGCACCUGUGAGGGGAUUUCAAGUGGACAGGAAGCACUCUUCUCUUACUCUAUGCUGGCAGAGGAAGGAACUGGUCUCCAUCUCAACUUGGAGAUGCUGAGCAGCAAUUAAAGCUAGAUCAGUAAUCUGCUGUCAAAGGGUUCUUAGUCACGCAAUCAACUCAACAUCUCCAAAUGUUUUGUUAAAUGGAUGGGAUGGCAUUGUACAGUUCCUAUUAUUAUGUAAUUUUCUAGUGUUCCCCCCUUUGAAUCUGGGCAUCGUUUAUGCCUUUUCCCACCUCCAUCUUCUGGAUGGUGACUUUUUUAUGUAGUCUUGACCUUAAAGCAAAUUGCUUUGGAAGCAAAGAACCUGUAUGUUCUUAAAGCUGAACUCUAAAUCAAUGGAGGCACUGAUUUUAUCCUUUUUCUUUUUAA